AUGUUGAGAAAUAUUUGGAAUCUUUUUUGCAUAUGUGCUGACAGUAAAGAAAAGAGAACUGAGAAAACAACAAAAAAUCUUUCAGUUUUCUUUGCUACUCUCUGUGUAAUUGAUUUAUUUGGUGUAUUUCCAAUUGUAGCACUUCCUGAAGCCAUAAUUAGUUGUGGUCUCUACGGUAUUCCCCUUGUUGUGUUUGUGAUUAUUGUUCAGAUAUAUACGGGUGUUAUCCUGGGAAAAUGCUGGGUUAUAGCAGAAAAAAUGGAGCCUAGCAUAGUUGAGAAGAACAGAUAUCCCUAUGCUGCUAUUGCAGAGCUAACUUACGGGAAGUAUAUGAGUAUUUUCGUUACCUUUUUGUUGGAUAUUACUGUAUUUGGCGGAGGAAUUCCCAAUUUACUGGUAGCAUCACAGAACUUGCAACUCUUGGGACUUCGGAUUUCAGAAGGGUCUUUUGAUCUAUCUUUUUGUUUAUGGUUAAUAGUUAUUGGAAUUUUCAUUUGCCCAAUUAUGUGGCUAGGAACGCCAAAAAAUAUGAAAGAGUUGGCCACUAUAUCAGUAGUAACUACCAGUUCUGUAGCUUUUUUAACAUGGUACUGCAUAGAAAUGGAUAAAAGUAAUUUAAACAGACCUGAUAUUCGAAUUGAGGAUCUCAAAGGUACUACCUUCAGUGUAAAGAACCUCUUAAAAGCAUAUGGAAUUAUUGCUUUUCAAUUCGAUAUACACCCUAUGCUUUUAACAAUCCAGAUGGACAUGAAGAAAACUGAGAAAGAAAAUAUUGGUCUUGCAGUUACAUUAGGUAUCAUUGUUACAGUUGCUCUAUCGACAAUCACAACUCUUUUAGCUGCAUUUAAAUAUGGAACGACCGUAACACCAAAUAUUUUGGAGAUUUUACCAAGAAGCUGGCCGCUCUAUCUGAUUAUUUUAUUAGUUACCAUACAGCUGUGCAUUUCUAGUGCGAUUGGGAAUUCAGCCCUUUUUCAGCAUAUUGAAGAUAUUUUAUCAGCCUCACGAGACUUUACUCUAAAACGUUGCCUCAUUAGAUCAUCGCUUGUCUGUUUGGCAGUAAUUAUUGGAGAAUUUCUUCCUAGAUUUGACAUGGUUAUGGGUUUGAUAGGAGGAACAUUAACAGGGCCAUUAAUAUUCAUUCUUCCACCACUUUUCUUCACACGAAUACUCCAUCUGGAAGAGAUAUUCUAUCAAAAGAUGGAACAAAUUAGUAGUGAUGAUUGUGAUUUCCGAGGAAAAGUUUCUGAGUAUGGCACAAUUUCUUUAGGUUCGGCCACUAAGCAAUUCCCAUAUUUUAGUACUAAAUGGAGAAAUGUUGGAAAAUUUUGUGAGAUUCUCCACAGUGAUUGUCUUAUAUCAAUUUUUGUUAUAUCAUUUGGUUUAAUAGCUACGUUUGCCACCACAUAUUUCAAUGUAUCUGAAACACUUUCAAUUAUCUCAUUCUCGUCACCGUGUUUUCAAAAACUCAGUAAUGAUUCAUUAAACAUUUUAUAACAUGAUUUUCACACCUCUUUCAUAAACAAUGAAAAUAAUACGAAGAGAUUCAAAAAUAAAACAAAUUUACUGAGAAUUUGUGAUUCCAAUUUAGCUCAGUUUUUGUGAUUAAAUAAUUUUUAAUAAUUUAGUUUACGUCGUUUACGUUGUGAAUUUAUGGAGAAAAAAAUCAAAAAAAAAACAGUGAAUUUUAUAGAAGUAGAUUAAAAAAAUCCUAUAUAAAUAUUUGGAAAAUUUUUCUUAAAUAUUGUAGAUUUCAUAUACGGCAAUUUGCCCAAUAAAUUUGUUUUACUGCCUGACUGUUCUUCAGUCUACUAGCUACAGACAGACUUAAGUAUUUAAAUACAUUUUACUGUAAAAUCAUAAUCAAGGACAGCUUUAUAAAUUAAAAUGAAAAAUUAAGGUCUUUAAAGAAAUUUUGGCUACACAACACGGGUUUAUUUAUAUUACUACAUUUUUUCUGAAACAUCUGUUGAAUCUUUUCAGACUCUAGGUAUUAUAUAAUACACCAUACGUAAAAUUGGACAUUUAAAUCCGUUCUAUAUAUUAAUUCAAAUUUUUAAAUAAAGGCUGAUUUUUCUA